AAAAUAUAACGAGCAGAGGCACAGCUCGUGGGGACAACAGAGGGGAAUCAAGGGUGAAAGGGAAGCGGAUAGAGCGAGGCCGCGCGAUAUACCAGCACAGCACAGGCCGGUAUAAUCUCAUAAAACCUGCAGAAGAGUCCAUCUACGUGAGCGGUAAAGCCGUCGACGACGUCCCGGACGCCCGGAAUUGGUACACCGCGCAUUCGUGCCGGCCACUUUCGACAGUUGCUCCACUGUAUUCCACGCGAUAGGCGAGGGACGGUUCUUGAAAGAACCGUAGCCCAUCCCGACGAAUUUCCUCGGUCACGAGCCAAACCCGGCUGGGAUCUCGUAAAGCGGUUCCCUGGCGUCCUUGGUCCAGGCGAUAUUCUUCCACGGGUCCUCUAUGAGCCGAAGAAAGAGCACUUUUGUACCCUGCCGAAACCCUUUGCUCCAAGGUCUGCCGAGAAUUCUUUAAGAAACGACGGAAUUCCCUACGCCGAGGACAUGUACGAUUCCCGAUGCAUCUCGCGAUCGUGAGACCCCCGAAACUCUCGACGAAGUGAAUCGAUUCCGCGAAAAAGUCAAUUCCAAGAGAAGACUGUGUCUCUCGUUUAUUCCUAUGUCCACUCGCGAGUGUGUCGUUCGUUCGUCGCCCGUUGUCUGAACACGCGAGUCGGGAAGAAUGGAUCAAGUGCACGUGAAGUCGUCGAGGUCCACCUCGAGGAGCAACUCGACGAAAAUGGCGUGCGAGAAGGCGAGCAGGAGGCUCAGGACGAUCUUGGUGAGGGCGUCCCGUCUCGGCGUCUCGACGACGGAGGUUGCCAAGCUGCCCAGCGCCAAGAAGCUCAUUCCGCAGAGAGAUCACGGAUGGAAGUUGGCGGUGUUCCUUCUGGUGAUGUUCGGCGGCGGCGUGAUCGUCGCGCUCGCCUGCACGGCGAGGAAAGGCUGCUCGAAGCUGGAGGAGAUCAACCUGGCGACCUAGCCGUCGCGACCCAUUGUUCCCCGCUGGCCAACAACGAGCGAAGCAACAGCAACGGCAGCAGCGGCAGCACGAAUGCCAGUGGCAGCGCCGCCAGCAAAAGCUAUUCGCUCGAGCACCGCAUCCAGCGCGUGUCUACGCCCGACCGGAGGCAUUUGGCUGCGCAACGAUCCUACGGAGGAUUAUUCGGAUGCCGUGGAAGCGUCUUCGCUGCCGCGGAAUGUGUCGAUCAGAAAAUCGGGGAUUCUAUGCCGCGAGCCGCCGUCUGUCCUCUCCGCGUCGUCGUAGAAUGGCCGCCUGAAAUCGGCAGGAUCUUCGGACGCACGCCGACAUCCUAGUAAUCGAAGGAAUUACCAACCAACGAACACGUCUUCACACGAUAGAUCUAGUCAUCGCGCUGCGAAUCAUCGCACGUUGCUUCUCGCCAACAGCUAUUCCCAACUCUGAUAUCCAAUCUCUACACGUCCUACGGUCUUCGUCGUCCUCGCGACAUCGCUAUGCGUACUCGCGAGAAAGUCGAUCGAGGAAAAUCAAGGGAACGUUGUCUUAACGAUACGAACGAGAGUAUCGACGUUGGCGACGAACUUCUCUCGUUUCUGCAGCGAGAAACGGCCACCGUUCCGACCGGGAAUAGGGGGUGGUCGAGUGGCCGAGAUUUUUCCACAGCGGGCAAAGUUGCACGCGCGGCGGGGGCGGUGGAAGUCAGCGGGAGCGGUUGUUACUGGAAGAUAAAUUAAGGAGGAAUACAACAAGGGGCUGGAAACAAACAGAAGAAGAAGAAAGGGCGGAGAAGCACGGAGAAGGAAAGUUCAUGAAUGCCACGGAGGGCACGCACGCGUGCUCGCGUGCUGCCCGCGAAUUAGAACGGUCCUGUGUAUUUGUACCUGUCUUUCCGGACAGGCCGCUUUCCCUGCCCGCGUAAAUCAUCGGAAUUAGCGCAAUUUCGACGUCGAGUGGCCCGGAACAGUUUCUGUCUCCGCGUCUCCUCGCGGCAGGGGGGUGGAGGAUUAAUGGGCGCGACGCGCGGCGAGGAAUGAAAAUUCGGCGAGGAACCGGGACAUCAUUAAGAGCUGGAACUCGAGAAACGGAGGGUGGAAGACGGAUGAAAAUAUAUAUAGAGAGAGAUCGAUCAUGAAUUUUCUCCGUGGAAGACGGAUAAAUCUCGUUUCGUUGAAACGAAGCGGGAAAGCGUCGCUGAGACGUUCUUGCAAUAUCGUGGAGGAAAAUUGGCGCCAUAAAAACG